AUGAACAUAAACAUAUUCGAACAAUUCGCAAGCCCAGAAAUCCUAUUCAUCCCAACCAGCCUAAUUUCUAUAAUUUUACCUAUUCUUUUUAUUCGACCCAGCACUACACUCUUAGGCAACCGAUUAUCUACUAUCAUAAACUGAUUCUUUAAAACCAUCCUACUAAACAUAAUACAUCAACUAUCCCCAACAGGACAAAAAUGAUCUCGCUUCCUAAUUAGCCUACUCAUUUUUAUUCUGCUAUCAAACCUACUAGGCCUACUACCAUACACAUUCACCUCCACCUCCCAACUAUCAAUAAACAUAGCCCUGGCUAUUCCAAUAUGACUAGCAACCGUAAUUACAGGUUUGACAACCAAAACCUCUUCAACACUAGCCCAUAUACUACCAGAAGGCUCACCAACCCCUCUAAUCCCAUUUAUAAUCCUAAUUGAAACAAUUAGCCUAUUCAUACGACCAAUCGCACUAGGCGUACGACUGACAGCCAACAUCACAGCCGGUCACUUACUUAUAACAAUAAUCAGCUCAGCCGCCCUAAACUUCUUCAAUACCUACAACACACUAUCAAUCCUAAUAAUAAUUCUAUUAUUCCUACUCACACUCCUAGAAAUAGCCGUAGCCUGCAUUCAGGCCUAUGUUUUCGUACUCCUAGUCACCCUAUACCUACAAGAAAACACAUAA